AUGAAAAGGCACAAACUAAAACAAGAGUUCGCCUUGGGAAAUGCAACUUUGCACUCUCAAUAUAUUUUUGAAAUAUUUGCAACUGUUUAUCUUAUCAAUUUAGUCAAGACAAAAGCAGUGAAGAAAGAUGUGGAUUUCCCUGUAGGAAGCCAAAUAAACUAUGCAGAGUAUACUGUUCCAGCACUGAGGAAAAUGGUGACAUUGGCUGUUAAGUUGGAUGGUAAUUAAAAUAGUACUGUAAAUGUAGUAAUUUACCUAGGUACAAUAAAAUGUAUUAUUAUUUUUAUGGUCCACAGCAUGUAUAAGUUUACUUCCAUCUAGGGCGAAAAACCUCAAAGUGGAAUGAUCCUGGGAUGAAACCAUUGUGGUGGCCAAAGGAUGUUGAAUACAGGAACGUGAAUUGGGGAAAUAACAAGCCACAUGUCGAUGAGCUAGUCAAAAUAAUGGAAGCGUUUAACACUGAUUAUUGUCGCAUUAGUAAUGGCAAUAGUAGCAGUGUUAAAAAUGAUCAGGAAAUUGGGGAUGAUGGUGAUGAUAAUGAAAGUGAUGACGAUGGUAUUGACAAUGAUGAUGAUGAUGGUGUUAAUAAUAGUGAUAGUGAUGGUGGUUACGGUGAUAAUGAUAAUGGUGGUGUUCAUGGUAAUGGUGGUAGUGUAAGUGAACAGGGCGAAAGUGGCAAUUAUGAUGAUGGCGAUGUUAAUAUUCGUAUAGUAUGUCAGAACUUGCUAAUGCUGUUCAAAAUAAUGAUGUGAUGGAAAUUGAUGAAGGUGUCAGUACAUUAGAAAGAAAUGACCUACAGGAAAGAGCUAUCAUGGUUAGUGCUACGAAUAUAUGGGCAAAUCAUGUACUGACAGAUGCGAUACAUGUAUUUGUCCCCUAUACCUACCCAUUACAUUCUUUUUCAUAAUAGAUAAAAAUACUUGAUCUUUUCGCUGUGAUUGCCAUAUAAAUAAUAUGUAGCUGCUAACGCAAGCCGUACACAUUACAAUAGUAACAGUAUUCUUAUAUUCACAUUAUUCUAUACAUUUUGUUUUUACUUUAGUGUGAUUCAAUGAAUAACGAUUCAUCCAACACGUUAGCAUUAUUAAAAAGUCUCAGCAUGCAGUCAGAUUGGGAAAAGUUCCUGAACAUUUGCAACAUUAUUAAACCACAUUUGAAGCCCCUUCCUGUUUUUCACAAUGGAUUUAUCACCAAAGACGUUGUCCAUAAAAGGUUAGCAAUAUAAUUACUUACGUUUUUGCUGACGAUGUUAACUGAUGUCACUGCAUUUACUUUUUUGCAUCUUUUUACGUUUCACAUCAAUGCAAUCCUCCUGUACUGAAUAUAGGAUGCAGGUUACCUGUACAUGUCAUUCCUUACGUAGGACCAUAAACUACCAUAUUCAGUUCAAUGUAUACGUCAACUAGUUUCUUAAAUUAAAAUAAUAAUUCAUUCAGUGUUUGUGCCACGAUUCUAAUGCUUCUAACAAAUCUUGUAGGCAAGAUUAGGUGGUGUUCAUCAAUUUAUUUCACGUUAAUAUUAAGUGUAUUAAAUUGUUUGUUUUUCUUUUUCUGUAGUUUACGACGCCAAGUUCCGAAAGAACUUCUCAAUCAGCACUUGGAGCCAGGAAAAGUGAAAGCUGAUGGAAAUUGUUUUUUCCAUGCUGUUGUCAUGGCAAUAACUUUGGGAGAUUGUGUUUACAAUCGUGAUAAUUUGGCUAACUUACUGCGCCUUUAUACCACAGUUAACGGUGCCACAAAAAUGGAAGGAUUUAUAGAAAGGGUAUAUGACAAUUUAAAUUUUCUUAAUACUUUGUAUCGUUAUUCGUACUACCCUGCAUGUGCUAUAAUUGCUGCGAUUUUAGGUGCGAUUUGUAUUUACUCAUUCACAUCCAUCAAGGGAGAAAAUCGCAGCACAAAUGCAUGUGUAAACGGACCUUUACAGUGCAAAUUUAAUAGCGUUGCACAAUUUGUACCUUGCAGUUGUCUAGAAAAUUUUCUCUGCCUGGUCAGCUUGAAAAUCUUGCUCACACUGUCACAACGGAGAACAUUUUGAACAAGGUGUCUGCAAGGGAAGCGUCUAAUGAACGUGAGCUUCUUAAAGCGGUAUACAUGGAGGAAGUAAAAUCUACGGCAAUCGAUGGAAAUUAUUCUGGUAUUAAUGAAUAUAAUAACUAGUGAACUGUUUAUCGUAUUAUAGAAAUUCUAAAACCCCGUACAGAAUAGCAAGUUUGCCUUGUCGCGUUUUCCUUGACAAGUUUGUUGUUCGUGUUCACGGAAUGUUAAUUGUUAAUCAAUGUCGCGUAUUUGCGAUGAAAAGUGUUCAAAACCGAAAAUCUUUUUGGCGUACAUCUCAAAAUUACUUUGUUUUAGCUUUAUUCUCUAGCUUAUACAGCUAGCAGUCCUUGAAACUCAGGUCGGCAUUCGGCAAUGCCGACCUAAAUGCCGACCUUCAAAGCGGUAUGUGUAGAUUGAGGUCGGCAAAAUUUUUCCGACCUACUUUCAAAUACGUCUCGGCAUUUUCUUCCGCGAACGCGUCUUUCGCGUACGCAUUUUCAACGAUGAUGUUUUAAUUAUCAGGUUUUGAUCAUUAGCUUGCUUUGCGAGUGUCAAAUUUACAAACAUUGCAGUUUCAUUGUUGAAAGGUGAUACUUGAAACUUUGAAAAGUAAACAUCGUGUUAAAAUCAUCGAGCUUCAAGAUUUAAGCGAAACAAUAUUGUAAUAAAGUAGUGUACGGUUUGUCACAACAUUUGGUCACAACUGUCAACAUGCACUGUUCGAUUGGAGACUGGAGUUCAUACAUUUUGUUAGUUGUCCAUACAUUGUUCAUACAUUGAUUGCAAUUAAUUGCUGCUUAUUAUAAAUACGCGUAUUUGCAGCAAGCGAAUUUUCAUUUGGAUAUUGUCUAUUUGUUUUGAAAAUAUUUGGCGACCCAGAUUGAGAAUUAUCGCUUUCAGCUCGGCAAUUUCUUGCCGACCUGAAAUUUCUGGAGUUUCAAGGACUGAGUUAGCUACCUAUUUAAAUGCAUUUGCCGGCUGAGAAAAAUAAAAUAUAGUAAAGAAUUGUCAAUUAAAAUGCAAUUAUCAAUGAUGCUUUAAAAGUGACGCCAUGAUUUACAGCAAUAUAAGCAAAACAUACUGAACUUUAGACAUCAUUUUCUCUUUUGCGUACCAUCUAAAAUCUCUUUAUUUUAGCAUUAUUUUACAGACUAAUCACUAAACAUACUUUUUAAGUUUGUUUGCCGCUUGAGAAACGUAUCAAAAAUUAAAAAAUUGAAUAUAAUCAUAACCAAUCAGUUGAAACGUUAGUUUUGAGCGCGUGUCACGUAACAUACAUUUAUCUCAACUUGCCAGACGUUUUCACUGCAAACUAAUCCAAUCAACUGACCAGUCAAAUUGUUGAUAUCAUUUUCAUGGUGAUAUGCGUGAAAGAUUUCGCCAAGUGGGAAGAAAAACUGUGCUAAGAUUUCGAUUAUGUAUAGGGCUUCUAUUUUUUUUAAAGUUUAUGCAUGAGCUUGUGAUUUCUUAAAAAUAAAAUAUCUUUUCAGGUAUUUUACAGGUAGCUUGGCUUGCAGACUGCAUUGAAACGCUAAUCAGCAUGCAUUGUGGCAUUCCUGGACAUGAGCUUUAUGACAAACCGAUUGGAUCACGUCUCUGGAACAAAGAAAUUCACAUUCUUUGGGUCGACUUGAAGGGGACAAGCAAAAAUGUUCCUAGUUCAGCAAACCACCUGGUGCCACUUAUAAAAACACGACACGACGGUAUGCUAAUCUGUGCAUGUUCAUUGGAAGUGUCGGCGAUAGUUUUGUAACCAAUAUUUCAUGUUCGUAUUUAACAUAUAGAAUCGAGAAUAUGCUGUUAAGAAGGAAACACUUAUUUAACACGUUCUAGAAACAUUCGGCCCAGUACUUGAUGCAUGCAUGUCCCUGGAAGACAUUGAAAAUUGCUACCAUUAGGGAUCCAACCAACAUUCAAAUUUUCUCUUUACGUUUACAGCGUUUGGAUGUUCAAUAUCGUUAACCUAUAUUUAUACAAUGAUCCGAAUUAAAAAUCAAAUGCUGAAUAUUUUAAUUGAAGACACGAUACUCGAUAGCAUGUGAAAUAUUUGAAUGUUAGGGUUUGUAAUCCAAGUGAUUAUAUACAUUUUAAGACCUGACCAGGAACGACUGCGAAAAAUGCAGCACAAGGUCCUCUGGUAGGAAUUGAACCUACGGCCCUGCGAUUCCAGUGCAGGUUCAAUUCCUAACAGAGGGCCUUGUGCUGCAUUUUUCGCAGUCGUUCCUGGUCAGGUCUUAAAAUGUAUAUAAUCACUUGGAUUACAAACCCUAACAUUCUAAUAUUAAUUCCACCAAGUGAAGUGCAAGAAACCACAUCAUUCAAGUGUGAAAUAUUUAAGAAUUAUUGGAUGAAGCUGAGCAGGAUAUCAGAAUUAGUUAGACCGAGGUCAGCGUUAUCUGCCGAAGCGAAGCUGAGAUAAUGCUGCUGACUGAUCAUUAUUAUUCUUUUAUUCUUUUAUUUUUCAAAACCAGCAGAAGCCAUUGUCAAAACAAAAUAAUUUUACAAAAUUUUCCGCUCUUUUCCAAUUCAUGCAAAAUACCGCUGCAAAAAUACGCGGGCACCUACAGAUACGAGAUUUAUUUGUCAUGUUAAUGUCUGCACCGAGAUACGGAAAAUUAUCUGUAGGCUUUCAACCAAUAAGAAUACGAGAAAAUAGUACAAAGAAUAAUAAUAUCUUUUCUUUCUUAAGGCUGAUAUGCACUACACAACUUUUGCCUAAAACUGUCGGCGGUCGCAUGCAACCUGCUUACAACUUGAUUUACAACGUACAGUAACUCAGUAAGCAAGUUGUGAGCUUGAUUUACUAUAGCUACAACUCAAGUUGUAAUCAGGUUGCAUGCGACAGUUUUAGGCAAAAGUUGUGUAGUGUAUAUCGGCAUUUACUCCUUUUUCAGUUUUACAGUACAUUUAUAUAAGUUGAUGUUUUUGUCAACGUUAUCUGCAUCAUAUAAUAAUAAUUAUAUUCUCACUUACAUAUAAUUAGUAGGGGUUUUAUAUUGCAGAAUUUAACUGUGAAUCCACGUGCAAUGCGAAUAAAUAUUGCCAAGUUCAACGAGGCUGUGAUGACAAUGCAGUACAAUGUUCUGACUGCCUGCAAAGAUUCCAUCCUGAAUGUGUCUUUGGUUUUGGAGAGGAACAUGAUCAACGCGAGUGGACCUGUGGAUGUAAUGCAGAUUUUCUGGCAGUUAGGUUUGUCAUAUAUUGAUUGGUAUAUGCAUGAUAUGAAUUAUCUUGUACUUCCUGGAAGUGUGCUUGUAUGCAAGCUAAAGUUUUUCAGAUGAAGUUUGCAAGUUUUAUUUCUAUUUUCAAGUUACCAAAUCUAUCCACCACUAGCUAUGUUUUCUCUUUACCGUUUUAAAAUAAUCAAUUCAUAGUCGAAACAUAUUUGAAGCUAAUUUUCUGCAAUCGUGGAUGAAACAGCCGAAGGUUCAGACAAUAAUUGUAAGUAAAACGGAAUCGAUUUCUCUUCCUGAUGAAUAUAUGUAGCAUUAGUAUUUUUGCACAAGUGAAUAUAACAAAUCCUACAAGUUGAUUUGUUAAUUAUAUUAUAUUAUCAUAUACUAUAGGAUGUGGUCAAAAAAAUUUGCUUAGGGCAGUACACUUCGAAUAGAAAUUCAAUAUUUCAGCAAGGGCAAAGUUUGCAAGUGGUUGGAGAUUUUUAUGGUUCGUUUGAGAAUGAAGGCGUAAGUACUGUAUAUUCAUUUGGUAAUACGAAACUGAAAUAGCCCUUUAAAAAGGGGGGGGGGGGGUUCUGGAAAGUUUUAAGCUCGUAUAACCAAACUGAUUCCUCCUUACCCUGUGGUGCCAUGAACAUUUUCUUACAGUACUUUUAUUCAACUUAGGAUAGUAUGUAUUUUAACAAGUCUGAACUUAAAACAGCAUUGUCUUAAGCUUAAAUCUCUGUCUUUCAUUGCCAAACAUUCUUGGAUGACUAUAUGAAGAAUGUAUAUGUGUGUAGUGUACCAUGCAUAUAUCUUUUUUCUUAUUAGGUAGAAGAGUUGGCAAUACAUUUGUUGAACUAUAUUCAAAAGGACAGGGAACUAACUCUGAUGUAUAAGAAUGAGUCCUACAUGUUAGAAAGGGAUGGUUUAUAA